AUGACCAUGGAUAGGACUUUAAAGCUCUACAAUUCGAUCAGUAAGACCAGCGAAGUCUUUAUACCCAGAAGAGACAAUGAGGUGAAGAUGUAUAUAUGUGGGCCGACGGUGUACGACUCUCCACAUAUAGGACAUGCAAGAACCUAUGUGAUGUUUGAUGUGAUAAGGCGUGUCCUAAGCGAUUAUCUGAGAUACAAUGUGAAUUUUGUGAUGAACAUAACAGACAUCGACGACAAGAUAAUAGUCAGGGCGAAUGAAACAGGGGUCUCCAUGGACGAGGUUACUAGGAAAUACACAGAGGAGUUUUUUGAAGACAUGAAAGCCCUGAAUGUGCGUCCCCCUUCGUUUGUUACAUUUGUGACGUCUUAUGUUGAUAAGAUUAUAAAAUUUAUCGAGAAACUGGAGGUAAAUGGAUUUGCUUAUGAGAGUGAGGGAAGUGUAUAUUUCAACCUGAACAAGUAUCAGGAUAAACACGGUUAUCCACUGUUCAAGAAUAAGGACGGGAUAAACACCGAAGGAGACGAAAACAAAGACAAAAGAAAUCCAUGUGACUUUGUACUAUGGAAAAAGUCAAAGGAAAACGAGCCGAGGUAUGAGUCGAAAUGGGGAUACGGAAGACCAGGAUGGCAUAUUGAAUGCAGCGUGAUGUCUAGUGAUAUUCUUGGAGAAGAUCUUGACAUACAUGCCGGAGGGAUUGAUCUUGCCUUCCCCCACCAUGAGAACGAAAUAGCACAGUGCCAGGCCUACUUCAUGAAGGAACCUUGGGUGAAAUGUUUUCUUCAUACAGGGCAUUUGAACAUUGAUGGACUGAAGAUGUCCAAAUCCUUGAAGAACUUUACAACAAUUAAAGAAGCUUUGGAGGUGAUUUCUCCCCGGCAGCUAAGGAUUCUGUUUCUCCACCACCAAUGGAACAAGGAUAUGAACUAUGAAAGAGAACAUCUGAAGUUUGCAGAAAGCAUCGAGAAAAAGAUAUUCAACUUUAUGUCUGUGGCAGAAAGUAUGAGAAAAAACACUUUGGAAUUCAAGACCCUGGAGGAUGCCGACAGAGAGGUUCUGGGCGAGCUUAAAAAUGUUCAGAAGGUCAUUCAUAACUCAAUUCUUGAUAACAUUGAUACUCCUACAGUGAUGAAGAAGAUUGUGGAAAUGAUAAACUUUACAAACUCAAGGAUGAAAGAUAUAUCGUCAUCGACGGUUCUUGUUGUUAAGGAUUACAUCAAAGAAAUCAUGGAAGUAUUCGGGCUGAAUGAAGUGGAGGCCCAGACCUCUUCCAAGGAGGACUCGAUUGCACAGUUGCUUGGAGACUUCAGAGAAAACAUCAGAAGAAUGGCAAGACAAAAGGAACCCUAUUCUUCCUUUCUUAAAAAAUGCGAUUGGAUACGAGAAAGCAUUAAAGAUCAUGGAUAUAUUAUUGAGGACAAUAAUGAAGGUUCCAUUCUGAGAAAGAAAUAA